ACACACGUCUCACACACUCUGAUGCUCCUGAACCCAGUGAUGCUCGUUGGCGUCUUCUUCCUGCUCCUCCUCUCAGACGGAGCGUCCUCCGAGCGGAACUGCAGUUAUCAAGAGGUUUUAGAUCACUUGAACCUCAGAUCGACGUCCAGCUGGUUCUACACGAACCGACCUGUUAAAAACCACAGAACACCCACAGAGGUGAACCUGGAUUUGCUGCUCUAUGCCAUUCUGGAAGUGCAUGAGAAGCAGCAGAAAUUCGUCCCUUACGUUUGGAUCACCAUGUGGUGGCAAAAUGACUUCAUCAGUUGGGAUCCUGAUGAGUUUUGUGGUAUUAAUUAUUUGACUAUUCCUAAUGAACUGAUGUGGAAGCCAGAUGUCACGAUUGUGGAGAUGACAGAGAGGGACAAGGCCCCUCCCAGUCCUUAUCUCACCAUUACCAGUCGAGGUAACGUGGAGAUGGUGAAUGAUCAGGUGCUGACCAGCACCUGCAGGAUGCAAGUUUACAAGUUCCCCUUCGACACUCAGAGCUGCAAACUCACCUUCAAGUCGUUCACUCACUCUGACGAGGAAAUCAAACUGGUCCGUUACCUGAACUCCUCACAGAUCACUGAGGACUCUCGAGAGGUGAUGAGGAUCCAGUCUGAGUGGUUGUUCAUCAACAUCACAGUCUCCAGCAAAACAGAGAACCAUUACAGCUUCAACCAAACCAUGGUCAUUUACACAAUCAACAUGAAGAGGAGGUCGGCCCUCUACAUCGUCAACUUCAUCAUGCCCAUCCUGUUCUUACUCUGUCUGGACUUGUCCUCCUUCAUGAUCUCGGACAGCGGCGGCGAGAAGCUGAGCUUCAAGGUCACCGUGCUGCUCGCCGUCACUGUCAUGCAGCUCAUUCUGAAUGAAAUUCUGCCGUCAUCGUCAAACAGGAUUCCACUGAUCGCCGUUUACUGCAUCGGGGUUUUUACUCUGAUGAUGCUCAGCCUCCUGGAGACGGUUGUAGUGAUGUAUCUGAUCCAGAAAGACUCGGCACCAGACAGAAGCCUGAGGGAAGACAAACGAGAUUCAACUAAACAGUCGUACUCAGGCCGAGUCGGGUCUCCUGGUACAAAGGCAACAGAACUUCAUGGUUCUACAGAGAAUAUAAGCGGCCGACAGAUGGAGGAGCGUCACGCCUCAGAAAAGCUGUGGGAAGAGAUAAAAGCUUUGACUCUGCUCCUGAAGAGCAGAGAAGAAGAACAGACCCCUGGAUACUGGACCAGAGUGGCUCAAAGAAUCAACAAGGCUUUCUGCAUUUUCUACCUCAUAGCUACUGCACUGUUUUUAUUCUAUAUGUUCUUCAAUUGGAACUAUGAGGAAUGAACAGUGACUAAUGAAAUCACUACGCAUGUCUGAGUCAUAGUUUCUGAUGCAGCCUCGUGGGCUGUACAGAUCAUUAUCCUCCUGUAAUGACUGGUAUUGAUUGGACUCAUUUAUUAGCUACGUUAUAAAUAAAGUAGUUCAGGAAUCUAUUAAUACGUAUAUUAUUAAAAAUGAAGCAUGUGCGUGUCAGCAAAAUGUAUGUUACCCUCGUAGAUAUACACUGUAUCUGUGUGCAUUGCAUUUAAUUCACAUUAAAGUAUUACCUUUAAGUGAGA